AUGGUUGACGAAAAAAGAGCCAGAGUGGUUUUGAACAUCACAUUUGUUCGGCCAGAAAAAUUCUACAUCAGUGGGUUUUCCAACAUUCCUCACACUCAGUAUUUUUAUGUUUUCUUGUGUUUUGUCUAUGUAAUGACUGUUAUUGGAAAUGUCUUUCUCCUCUCAGUUAUCUGCUUGGUGAGGACUCUUCAUUCUCCCAAAUACAUGAUUGUGUUCAACUUGGCUUUGAUAGAUCUGUGUGGAAGCACAGCUCUUAUCCCAAAACUCUUGGACACAUUUUUGUUCGACAGGAGAUCUAUUUUGUACGAGGCUUGUUUAAGCAACAUGUUUUUUGUUAUGUUCUUUGGCAGUUUACAGUCAUGGACUCUUACCUGUAUGGCCUAUGACAGAUUUGUGGCAAUCUGCUUCCCAUUGAGGUACCAUAGCAUCGUGUCUAAGAGAUCUGUUGCUGUGAUUCUGCUGUGUAUGUGGUUGGCUUUGAUAGCACUGUGGUCAUCUACAGUUGGGCUUCUCAAUCGUCUGUCUUUCUGUGGUUCACUAGAGGUGCAAAGUUUUUAUUGUGACCAUGGACCAAUAUUUCAGCUUGCUUGCAAUGACAACUCUAUAAAUGACAUAAUGGCAUACGUUGCCUUCCUUUUAGUGCUCUGCAUUCCUCUAAUACUUAUAGGUAUCACUUAUGCCUGCAUCGCCAUUGCUCUAAGCAGGAUUGUGUCAACAGCAGAGCGACUCAAAGCACUAAAAACAUGUUCAUCACACAUUAUUCUUGCAGCAACUUUUUUUAUACCUUUGCUGUUCACCAACAUCAGUGCAGUAGUUUCUAGCCUAAAUCCCAACACCAGGAUAAUAAACUCCUGUUUGGCACACACCAUCCCAGCUCUGUUAAAUCCUAUUGUUUACUCCUUUAAGACAGAAGAUGUCCUCAAUGCUAUAAAGAAACUGUUUAGAAGAAACCAACUUGGGAUUCAAAAUAGCAAAAGAAAAGUUUUAAGGAGUUAA